AUGAAUUUCCUUGGAGUGAACAGUUACAGAUUUUCAGUCUCUUGGUCUAGAGUCUUACCUAGAGGAAGAUUUGGAGGGGUUAAUUAUUCGGGAAUAAAGUAUUACAACAUAUUAAUCGAUGCUCUCAUUAGUCAAGGGAUUAAACCAUUUGUGACGUUGAACCAUGUGGACUAUCCUCAAGAACUUGAGAAGCGGUUUCAAAGUUGGUUAAGCCCUGAGAUGCAGAAAGAAUUUGGCCAUUUGGCUGAUAUAUGUUUCAUGCAUUUUGGAGACCGAGUUAAAUAUUGGACCACAAUAAACGAACCAAAUCAACAAUUAAUCUUGGGCUAUCUAAGGGGUAUAUUUCCACCGACUCGCUGCUCAUCACCAUAUGGAAACUGUAGCCAAGGGAAUUCAGAAACCGAACCUUUCCUUGCCGCGCAUAAUAUGAUCCUCGCACACGCGAAAGCGGUUAACAUAUACCAAACUAAGUAUCAGAAAGAACAAAAGGGAAGCAUUGGCAUUGUGGUACAAACAUCAUGGUUUGAACCUAUAAGUGAUUCAACUGAGGAUAAAGAAGCUGCAGAGAGAGCUCAAUCAUUUUACUCGAAUUGGAUUUUAGAUCCCGUUAUAUAUGGAAAAUAUCCAAAAGAAAUGGUGAAUAUACUUGGACCAGCCUUGCCGCGAUUUUCAAAUAAUGAAGUGAAGAAUUUAAGGAACUCAAGACUAGAUUUCGUUGGUAUCAAUCAUUAUACAAGUUACUUCAUCCAAGAUUGUUUUAUCUCUACUUGUACUACUGGAAAUGGAGCUUCUAAAGCCGAAGGAUUUGCACUCCAAUUAGACCGAAAAGGCAAUGUUUCCAUCGGAGAGCUUACCGAUGUAGAUUGGCAGCAUAUUGAUCCAAAAGGAUUCCGAAAGAUAUUGAAUUACCUAAAAGUUCGGUAUCCAAAUAUACCGAUGUUCAUAACGGAAAACGGUUUUGGACACUUGCAAAAACCCGAAACAACGGUUACAGAACUUCUACAUGAUACAAAAAGGAUUCAAUACAUGAGUGGAUACUUGGAAGCUUUACAAGCAGCAAUGAGGGACGGAGCAAACGUGAAGGGUUAUUUUGCAUGGUCACUAUUAGAUAAUUUUGAGUGGUUGUACGGAUACAAACUUCGAUUUGGGCUAUUCCACGUGGAUUAUACAACUCUCAAAAAGACACCAAAGCAAUCAGCUUCUUGGUACAAGAACUUCAUUGAAGAACAUAUGGAUACAAGAGAUCUCAUGGAUAAAUCUUAA